CAGAUUGAUUAAAUCUUGUCACUUAAUUAAAAAAAUCAAUUUAGUGAAAAAUCAAAGGAAAAAUCUUUUAGGUUUUUAAUUGAUAAAAACCUCGACAGUUGAUUGAGUGAAGUAAGAGGUUGAUUAACCAAAAGAAACUUAAAAGGCAAAUCAAUUGAUCACGGUUAUAUUGGGCUUACCAAAUAUAUUUUGAAAAAUUGGAGGGCAUUUCUAAUAUUUUAUGAACUUUCUAGUCUUCUGAAAAACCAAACAGAUCGCUUAGGUAAAACCUAAUAUUUCAAUAAGUCUGUUAAAAUAUCUUUUUCGGGUAUAAACAAUCCACAGCUGAUCAAUCAAGUAAAACUCUUGCCAAUAAGCCAAAACCAUUCAAUCAAUCUAAUAAACAUCCACAAACUCUAAAAACUCUAAAACUUGAUAAACCACAUACCCCAGUUCAACAACAUCAUUUGCCAUCAGUAAAACAAACCAAAAUAAACGAAAUAUUCCAAAUGCAAAAUGUGGAGCUGGAAGCACUCAGUGUCAUUAGCCUUUGUCUAUGUGACAGUUGCUUCAUUUUUUAUUGACUUAAAGCAUUACUUCAAACCAAUGGACAAGAAUUUUCAAUUAGAAUGCUCUGAUCCAUCAGGCGAUGAGAGUGUCACAUGUCAUUUUUUGAAAAUUUAUACACAAAAAUCACAUUUUAACAUCACAAUGAUUCACACAACUGGAAAUUUUUCUGCUGCUGAACUACAACAAGUGACGAAUAUCGGAUUGCAUAAAUAUAAUAUGCCGGAAUAUAUGCCAGGAAACUUAGGAAUUUUCUUACCCAAACUCGAAGAACUUCACAUCACAAACUCGAUCCUCAAACACUUAAUAAGACAAAGCUUUAAGUUAAUGACAUCCUUACUCAUCCUCGAUCUUGACAACAAUGAGAUUGAGCAUAUUCCUCGAGAUACAUUUUAUGACCUUCAUAAUUUAGUCUUUCUCAAAUUAAAUGGCAAUAAAAUCAAGGAACUCCGUCAACCACUUCUAGAUCGUCUUCAUCAUCUCCACUCAUUUAGUGCUGUAAAUAAUAAAAUUUCACGAAUUGAUACUAGAUUUUUUAGACAAAAUCGAAGGAUUAAAUGGAUUUAUUUGACUGGUAAUAAGAUUGAGAGAUUGGGCAUUGAUUUUAAGCAUUUUCGACACUUAAAGGCUGUGGACUUAAGAAGGAAUUCUAGAGAUUGUAACUUUUUGUUUAAUGUUAAUCAUAGGAGCAAUUUCACUGUAGCAAAUUUUCAGAAGAAUGUGACUAAUUAUUGUAGUGGAAAAAUUUAA